CAACACAUGGAAACAGAAGCUAAUGGAGAGGACUGUGGAGGACCAGAACCAGCCAGGAACUCACAUCCACUUUUACAACCAGAGACUGAAGACCAGACCAGAGAGAAACGAUUCAGCUGCUCUGGCUUCAAGGCACAUCUUAAGAAACAUAUGAGAACUCAUACAGGAGAAAAACCUUUUAGAUGCUUAGUCUGUAAGAAAUAUUUUACACAUCGUGGACAUUUACAAACACACAUGAGAAUCCACAGAGGAGAGAAACCUUUUAGCUGCUCAGUUUGUAAGAAAUCUUUUGCACAGAGUGGAAGUUUAAAGACACACAUGAGAAUCCACACAGGAGAAAAACCUUUCAGCUGCUCAGUAUGUAACAGAAGAUUUGCCUGGUGUUCUGAUUUCAAAAGACAUAAAUGUGUUGGUCCGAUGGAAAUAGAAGAUGAUGGAGAGAAUUGUGGAGGACCAGAACCUCAGUCAGAUUUAAACUCUCUGAAACAUGAUUCAAGACGUAAGAAAACAUUCAGCUGCUCUGAGUGUGGAAAAAUAUUUAGCUUCAGGUCAGCUCUUAAGAGACACAUGAGAACUCACUCAGGAGAGAAACCUUUCAGCUGCUCUGAGUGUGGUAAAGCUUUCUCUGAUAGUGGAACCCUGAAGAGACACAUGAUAACUCACACAGGGGAAAAGCUUUUCAGCUGCUCAGUUUGUAAGAAAUCUUUUGCACGGAGUGGAAGUUUACGGUCACACAUGGCCAUAGUCCACACAGGAGAGAAAAGAUUCAGCUGCAGUUUUUGUAACAAAAGAUUUGCCCGGCGUUCUCGUGUCAAAACGCAUAAAUGUGUUGCUUUGAUAGAAACAGAAGCUGAUGGAGAGGACUGUGGAGGACCACAACCAGCCAGGAACUCACAUCCACUUUUACAACCAGAGACUGAAGACCAGACUGGAGACUCUUCUGAUCCUGAGACUGGUGACAUGGAAUAACAUUUGUUCCUUUAAGUCCAAGAAAAACUUCUCAAGUAUCAAACAAAAAUCUUUAUGUAUCAACAUCUAAAUAGAAGACAUUAUAUUGUGUGGUAG